CUGAGACUGGAGGGCGCGGCUGAAACCGCCUCGCCCGUCUCCCGCGCCGGAGGCGGAGUGGGAGUGGGGACCGCCGCUCGGGCGCUCUGUCUUCGACUGUCCGGGCUGUGGAAUCAGCUCAGUUCCGCGCCGCCCUCUGACGGAGAACGUUGCCCCGUCGCGCGCAGUGCCGCAUCGUACUGGACACCCCUGCUCCUCCUCCACCCUUCAGCCAUGGACGGGCUGCCCGACGAAGUCCUCUUGAACAUCCUCUCCUUUGUGUCGGACGCGCACGCCCUGCUAGACUCGGUGCCGCUGGUGUGCUGGCGCUGGUACCGCCUCGCCCGCGACCGCCGGGCCUGGGUCUCCGCGAAGCUCACCGUCUACACCAGCCUGACCGACGGCAACCAUGCGUGGUUCUUGGCGUCGCAUGACGCCCGGGUGCUGUCACACGCGCCGCGACUGCGCGCACUGAGGCUGAUCGACAGGAAGACGACGGAUCCCCAAGUCGUGCGACUGGUCGCCGCCCUGGACAGCGCUGGCUGCCGCAUCGACAAGCUGCAGUUGCCGAUGCUGCACAGCUGCCGCGCCUCCACGGCGGUGCUUGACGCCCUCGUGCGGCUCGUGGGCCGCCAGCCCGGCGCUCGCUCCCUCCACGUCUACCUGGGAGGUGGCGUCGUGGCCCAAGCAGCCCUCUACAAGCUCAUCGGGAAGCUGUUGCCGAGUGUAGCAGAGCUCGUUCUCGAGGUGGGCAAUAUCUCCUACACCACGCAGCUGCAGGACGCCGUCGCCCCCGUGCUCCGGACGCUGCGAUGGACCAUGAAUUCCAGCCGCGAACUUCGCGACCAGCCAAACGAAGCCCUGCUCGCGGACCUGCUCACGGCCUGCUCGUCGUCCCUGAGGCACCUGCAGCUGCCGGAGAGGAUGCGGCUGACGUCAGAACGCCCGGUGCGCGCCCUGGCCCAGUGCGAGGCGCUCGCAACUCUGUCGAUGAACGCGAAAGGCGUGGACGCGUUGCACGGGCCGCGUGCGCUUCGCGAGCUCAGCUUGCACAUCCGCUCGUCGAACCCAAAGAACGACUUUAUGGCAGUGGAGAGAGACCUAGCUGGCGCUGACCUGGCGGCUCUGCGGGACCUGCAGUUGUCUGUGUAUCGGUACACGGGCACCGACUGUGGCAAAGUCUUGGUCGCCCUGAGCCGCGCCGCGCCGCGUCUCCGCUGCCUGUCCGUCGAGUGCUGCAGGUCGUUCAGCAGCACCUGCGACGAGAAGAUCAGCCAGGUACUGCUGGAGCAGGAGGAGCUUCAGGAAGUGUCGUUGGUCGCAGUGGGCGAUGUCGCACUCAGGGCUGUGUUGACGAAGCGACUCAUGAAGGUGACGGUCGACGCGAAGAUUCCGGCCCAAGCCAUGGAUGAUUGCACCGACUUGGUAGUUAGCUAUAAGAAAAAGUAUCGUCAAAGUGCACGGGGCGAUAUAAGUCUGACUCCAGUCAUGAUGUCUAAACAGCACAUCACAUGGUGAACCUGCAGGAAGCCCGGUUCGGUAACUUAUUAAGAACUGUUUUACUCUAAAUAUGUGAUACUUACUUUAACCCUAUCAUUAGAGGUCACCCUAAGUUCAUUUUAAAUUUCACUCGUAAUGGUUAAUAAUAAUUUUGUAUAUGCAUAGUUCAUAUUUUUGCCGAAGUGCUUACACGUAAACGUGUAUCCAUUCUUUUCUACAUUAAAUAAAUAAUUUUUUAAUCUUUUACAUCAAA